UGUGCCUGGCACGCCAGUACUAGUAGAUUUGUAGUAUAAAGGAUUUGGUUUGUGAAAGGUUUUCAUUUACUCUUCGUUGUGCUGAAAAAGCUUGAUAGAAGAUGGCAAUGGAUGUAAAAUACCUCAAGGAAUGCAUUGGAAAAUGCUUGGCUGAAGGACUUGCUGAAGUGGCAGACCGUCAGCCAGUGGACCCAAUCAGUUUCCUGGCAUAUUGGAUUUACAGCUACAAGAACAAAUUAAAUGAAGAAGAACAGAGGAGGAUAGAGAGGGCUCAAUUAGAAUGUGAACAUGAAGAAGCCCUUGCAGAAUUGGAGAGGAUAGAAAAGUUGAAAGCAGAAGAGCUCCUGGUUGCCCAGAAAUUUGAAGAACAACAGAAGAUGUUUAAAGAGCUGGAACCAGAAAAGACAAUUGUGGAAUUAACUGAGAAAGAUGGAGGGCCAGUUUUGCAGAGCUUUGAAGAAACUGACGAAAACCAUAUAAACAAAAAGAGGACUAAAGAGAAAGAUCUGGAGAUUCCAGAGAAAUAUGGAUCAAACCAAGAAGCCUUGGAAGACAAAUUGGAUCAAGGUGAUGUAAGUGUAAAGAAUGAGCUGGAUGAGAUACCUGGUGAGGCAAGUACUAGCAUAACUCUCCAGGAAGCCUUGACAGAGAUAAUCAUGGAUGAAGAUUUUAAUCAGAUUCCUAAGGAGAUGAUGGAUGAUGGAGGGGGAAACCAAUUGGAACAUUAUGAAGUAACUGAGAAUGAACAAGAUAUGCAAACAGAAGAUGACGAUCCAGAUGAGGAAGACGAUCCAGAUGAGGAAGACAAAUCCAGUCAAGAUCUGGAUUUGGAAUAAUAGCACAAUCCUACCCAUGUUUACUCAGAAGUAAGUCCCACUGAGUUCAGCAGAGCUUUCUUACAAAAUAUUAUGCAUAGGAUUGUAACCUAAAACUUAAAGAAGCAACUUCUGAGUUGGUUUAGUUCCCCCCCCUUUCUCUAACUUGUAGUGUUCUGGUGUGGAUGAUUAAGGCAUUCCUUCAUAGCUGGGAAUGUGUACACAGCUUGUAGUAUUGUUGAACUGAAAUGUGAUAUGCGUGAGAAGAUGAGUGUAAUAUUUGACGAUUAAGAGGCUGAGAUGAAUUGAUCCUCUUGUGUGUGCCACAAGCCAGAGAGCUAAUCUAGAUAAUCUAGAUAAGCUCAAGAGUUCAUGCUUGCCCAACAGCAUCAUUGACAUUUUGCUCUUGAAUUACAAAUCCCUGUGCUUCAUUUGUGAAUUGCUGCUGAAAUUCUCGUUUCAAAGGUGGCUUGCCAUACACUCUUUGGGGUUGGUAUGAGAGAAGGCAUGGGAGAAGAGUGAGAAGCUAUAGAGGUAUUUCCACCAUUUAUUGAAGUGUGAGUGGAGAUAUCUUUAAUGAAUUACUGAGUGGAAGAGGUUUACUUAAAAUCUUAGAAUAAAGAACAGAACUCAUCAUGUUCAUGAAGUGAUAACCUUUUGUAAUUAGAUACAGUAGGCCCCACUCAUACGGCGGGUUACAUUCCAGACCCCUGCCGAAAAGCAAAGACCACUGAAAAGUGGAACUCUGUCAAUAAAAUGGCGCCUGUAGCCUGAAAAAUGCUGUAAAAGCGGAUGAAGUGCCAUAUGAGUGGGGUCUUACUCUAACUGAAAGCCGCCGUAUAGGUGGAACGCCGAAAAGUGGGGGCCUACUGUACUUGUGUGAUUUAGUUGUGCAUUAUUUGUGAACACCCCAGCUGUUAAAGGUGAUAGCCAUUCUGAGCCAAAUCAUGUUUGACCGAGCCCAAUCAAGAAUACUCCAGGAAUGUGCAGACCCACCAUCAAGCUUGUAGUUGGGCUGUGCUUAUGUUGAGGCAGUGUUUAUAAUUCAGGGGUCACCAAUGUGACACCCAUGGGAACCUGUGUGUCCUUCAGUAUCUCUUAUGGAACCUGUAAAGAUUUAUGGGUAGACAAUUAGCCAAACAAGGCACCACUGAAAAUAGCUAAUGGAGUUUGGUCAGUGAGCAUGCCACAGGGUGUAAUCAAGAAUAUUAAGAAAAUAAGAACAUAAUUUCCAAAUUCUAAACGCAGCAAAAUUAUAAUAUACAGGAUAAGUUACUUGGAAGAGUACAGCCAAUAAAAAAUGACAAAGUUAAGCUAAGUCUGACUAAACACUUGAAAACUCUAACUCAAGUUCCUCAGCAAAAUACCAACAAUUUCUUAGCAUAGUCAGUUACCAGAUGGUCAGAGUCAGGUGAGAGAGCAGAAUCCAGUAAGGCGUCACAAAGCUUAGGGACCCCCCCUCCCCCCAUGAAUUCUGCAAAUCAAAAGAGGGGCCAUUGAAAUCAUGCAAAUCACAGUGAUGUAGCCCUCACAUGCAGACGCUGGUUCAUACAAAUAGUAUCUCUGUCUAAGGGUGGCCAUGAACUGGGCAGUGGAUCUUACAGUCUCCCAUGCAGAUAGUAAUUAAAUGUGAGCUCUCCUUUCAGUUUGGAAACCUCUUCCGCACUGAGUGUUUCCAGAUGUUUCUUCUAGACAGAAAUCAUAAGCUCCUUGAGGCAGGGACCUGUCCUUUUGUGCUCAGUUUUUGUUUAUCUGUAAAGUAUCACGCAGAUCGGUGCUGCAUAUAAAAAAUGUAACCGACUAUUGUAUUGCCCUCAUGUUCUGUCAGUACUUGAAAUGUUGUAGCUCAUAUGGAAUUAAUGUCUGCCUUUUCAUUUUAGUGUGUGUGAAAUGAUCACAAUGGUAAUUAUGAUACAUGUGCCUUUCAUUUAUUGUUUCUAAAUGAAA